AUUCUCUUCAUCCAGUCACCAUCUGCUCACCGUUUUCACUUCAUUCAUCUCACUAUGGCACCCGUCACCCGCUUUGCUGCCUUCAAGUACAAGCCCGGUACCACCAACGAGCAGAAACGCGCAUCCUUAGAUGGUCUUAUCAAGCUGUACGAGGACAAUGCACACAUGGUUGAUGUUGGACCCCGAGGUGGCGCCAACAACAGCACUGAGGGCUUUGACAAGGGUUUCGAUGUCGUCUUCACAGUAGUCUUCAAGUCAAAGGCACACCGUGACGAGUUUGUCCCCGAUCCAGCCCACCUUGCGUACAAGGAAUCCAUCAUGUCCAUCGUUGAGGAUGUUAUCGUAUAUGACUACGAAGAGGGUGUAUUCGGAUACUAAUUGUUAAGUUAACAAAUUGAAGGUUGUAAAGCACUGUAACCAUUGGCCCUUUAAUGUACGAAAAUACAAGUGUAUAAACAUACGCAUAAGCAUAUAUCUGAACAUCGUAUAUUGCU